AGCAGCUUCAGUAAAUUGCAGCACACGCUGUUUUUCAGCAACCAGCUUCCCUGCCUUUUCCUUCAGAGUCUUUACAUUAGAACCCGACUUGAACACACGCGUGAUUCGGUUCCAGAUUAACUUUAAAAAUGGAUCAACCAGGAUCUCUGUACAUUUGCCAACAACAGCAGUACCAACAGCGAUACACAACUCGGCCAUUUUCUAAUUUUUUAUUUAAAAAUAUUUGGAUUUCGACUUCUGUGAAAAUAUAUAAAGGAAAGCUACAAUAAUGAUCAGCGGGGAGGGUCUUAAACUUCGGCGGCAUCCUGAUAAAGGGAUGGCCAUAGAGACGUUUUCUCUUGUCUGUUAUCUUGUUGGCUCAAGCGGCUUUUAUUGUUGGCGGUGGUGAUGUAGAGGGACAGAUGAGUGUGGCAAAUGACAGGCGGCGGUUUGUGGUGGUUUGCUGCUGUGGAUGAUGGGUCAAGGGCAGGGCAGAGCUGCACUGGGUUAUAGUCGACAAUUUCAGGGGACUAGCGCUGCAAUUUUUUCAGCAUAAAUUUUGGAUUUUCUUAUGAUUAUUGGGUGAAGAUUGAAGCUUUUGAUUGUAUCUUUCGCAGAAAAUUUCGAUGAUGGAAAGCUUCAGGGCUGUAUAGUUUCAUCUUAUUGAUUAUGUUGCAUUAAUUUAGGGAUUUAAGGAGGGGAUUUACUCUUUCUAUUUUCUAGAGGUUGAAGACAAGGCUAUAUUGGUCAUUCCAAUAAAUUGCCAACUCAGUCAGUUAAGUUUGAUUUAGGAUAAAAAAUUGCCAUCGCGUUGCCUCAGAAGCGUUGGACCCCCACCACAACCGUCUCUUCCGUCAGAGUUCAGCAUAUUGCCGACAUCAACAGUGAAAUAAAUGAAAUAAGGGCUGAUUUGCUACUCUACAAUGAGUUGAGGGAUUGAUUUACUUCUGUUUUUAAUUAGAGGGUUAAUUUGUCACUAUUUGAUGAGUACAGGUGCUUAUUUGCCCUUUUUCCCUAAACAUAAAACCAUUCUACGUAU